AUGGCACUGUUAAAAUUCCAUAAGGUUUCUCUAACGGCCAGUCGCUGUAGUUCAACGUCAGCUACUUUCUUUUAUGAUGCAGUCAUCGUUGGAGGCGGAAUGGUUGGCAAUUCUAUGGCCUGCAGUUUGGGAUCAAGUGAUACUUUAAAAAACAAGAAAAUUUUGUUAUUGGAGUCAUCAGAACGGAAACCUUUGGAAAGAAGUUCUUUGUUUAGUAACCGAACAUCGGCUGUAACGUCUGCAUCUAUACAGUUCUUUAAAAAACUGGGCAUUUGGAACAAAUUUUUGGAUUAUAGAGCGAAGCGCGUGGAUCGUUACGAAGUUAUUGACAGUUGCACCAGAUCUACCAUCAAUUUCUCGAACCCACUUUCCGAAGAUGGAUUGGCGUACAUCAUAGAAAAUAAUAUUAUUGUGUCACAUCUACUGGAGCGUAUAGAGCAGACUUGUAAGAACGUUACCGUGAAAACAAAUUUGAAAGUACUUGAUUGCAGCAUCCCAAAUUCGUUGGCCGAAGACGCGAAAAUAGUGUUAAGCGAUGGGACAGAGGUUUCGACAUCACUUGUUAUUGGAGCAGAUGGCGGGAACAGCAUUGUUCGGCGAGCCGCCGGAACAAAAUAUACCUGGUGGCAAUAUGGGCAAAAAGGAGUUGUAGCUGUUGUGAAAUUAGAAAAUGCUGGACAAAACAAUAUUGCUUGGCAGCGGUUUAGUAGUCGAGGACCUGUCGCACUCCUUCCACUCGACGAAGAUACCAGUAAUCUUAUUUGGACAACUAGUGAUGACCACGCAGAGGAGCUACUGAAGAGAAACCCGGAAGAGUUUAUCGACACGUUAAAUUAUCAUCUGUCAACUGAUCGUCUUCAAAAUGGCCUUACAAACAGAGUGUUGGAAGCAAUAGAUGGGUUUGCAGGCACUGUAUUUGGAAGUGGCAGGACCAUGAUUCCAUCUCCACCUCACAUAAUCAGCCUCCAACCAAAUACUCGUGCAGCUUUUCCGCUCGUCUUCGGUCAUGCGCACACCUAUGUCUCAGCACGGUCUGCCCUGAUUGGAGACGCUGCCCAUCGCAUACAUCCCCUUGGUGGGCUAGGUGUUAAUCUGGGAUGGGCCGACGUCGAACGACUGACUGCGUGCCUCGAACGAAUCAUCCAAGAGGGAGCAGACUUAGGAUCUCUGACCUACCUCGCAGAAUACGACACGAAGGCACAGCGCCAUAACGUACCCCAACAGGUAGCAUGCGACUGGAUAAACAGGCUCUACAGGACCAACAGCUUCCCCGCAAUCUUCCUGCGCGGCGUCGGCCUCCACCUCGUCAACAAAGCAACUCCGGUAAAGGUAAGCGUCGCACACCUCGAACCAGGCAAAUCCCAAUGGAAAUACGUCACCAGCCAGUUUCAGGAUGCCAUAACAGCGCACAUGGCGGCACCCAACGUCUAG